UGCGCCUUCCUCCAGCAGAGACUGACAGAAGCGGGGCGACCGCUCUAAGCUGCGAGCGCUCAUCUCUCGUCUCCUUCACCAGCGCGUCUUUUACUGUUGACAUUAAAAAAACUUUGAAGAGGUGAGAUCCGAAACGUUUAAACGCCGGUAAAUCAGCGUCGACAGCGCGCAUUGACAAAAGAAAAAAAAAAAGGAGGGAAAGAAAAGAACCAUCAAGUCCGAGGAAAAGCGCCGGAGCCGGGAGAAAGAGGGAGCUAUGCCAUCUCGCGCCGAGCAGAGCCCAGUCCUCCUCUGUUGUGUGUCGGAGCUGCAGCAUGGUGUCUCUCUCCGGACUCUGGACCUACUGCCUCGCCCCCGGGAGACCUCAUCUCCUCUUCCUCUCCGCCAGACCGCUCCUGCUGCUGCUUUUAUUGACCGUCCUCUGCUCCCCCGAGUCCUGCCUCCCGCACCCUCAGCCUUGCCACAUCCUCGCCCGGAUAGGACACACCGUGCGCCUCGGCGCGCUCUUGCCAACCCGCCAGCCGGCACGGAUACAAAACGCUCUCAACCGCGCCCUGGCUAGCCUCCGGCACCAGAGCGUAGGGACAGACUCCACCACGACCGCCUCCCAAACACCUCCUCUGAUGCCCUACAACCUGAGCCUGGAGAUGGUGGCUCGAUCGCCCGCGGGGGGGGACCCGGAGUCGCUGUCCCGUAGCACCUGCCAGGACCUGGUGGUCAGGGGGGUGUCCGCCGUGCUGGCCUUCCCCCGCUCCAGGGAGGAGCUGAUCCAGGUGGAGUUCCUCUCGUCGUUCCUGGAGAUCCCCUUCAUCUCCAUACUGGAGGACACAGAGCCUCUUGUGACUAAGAACCGAUUCAACCUGCAGAUGUCGGCCCGUGUGCCCCCGUCGACCCUGGGCAGCCUGCUGCUGGCGGUCCUGCAGGGGAGAGAGGGGGACAGGGACAGAGGGAACCGGGGGGGAAGCAGCUGGGGAGGAGCAGCUGUAAUCUGCCCCGGGUGGGAGGAAGGGGGUGAAGGGUUGCUGUCUCACCUGCAGACACACAGCGGUUCUAACUGGCAUUUGUGGGACAUCAUCAACCUGACCCUCGUCUCCGGGGGCGGGGACAGAAGAGGGGAGAGCAGGGAGGAGAACAAGGAAGAACAGAGGGAAGAGGAGGCUUUGAAGAUCCUCUCUGCCCGUUUCCUGCGCUCCCCCUCUCCUAUCUCCUCUGUACUCCUCCUGGGAUCGGACCCUGAGUGUCUCUCCGCCGUCUUGCGGGCAGCUCAGCGGCUCGCUCUGUCACUACCAGCACUGCAGUGGAUCAUGGGAUAUCCCUUGUCUCCAGACUCGCUCCACACUCUAGGAGGUCCCCUUGGACUGUUGGCCUACGGGGAGGUGGGCCGCAAGCCGAUCAGCUUCUACAUCCGGGAUGCUUUGCAGCUGAUUGGCCGCGCGGUCACUGCGGCGACCAUGGUGAGGCCGGACCUGGCGCUGAUUCAGAACAUGGUGAAUUGUUACGACAAACCAAACAGACAUGAGCUGCCCUCUUCAGGACAAUAUCUGGCCAGGUUUCUGUCCAACACUUCCUUCACCGGAGCCACAGGCCUGAUCCAGGUGGAUGCUGGCCUGUCUCGGGUCCUCUCCUCCCAGCUGUUCCACGUAUGGAGCCUGAAGAGAGGCGCUCUUGGCCAGCCAGCCUGGGUGACUGUAGGCCAGUGGACCAGAGGCAGGCUGGAGCUAGAAGGGGGGAUCCUGGGACUGGUGGGAGGGUUCCGGAGCAGCCAGGGACAAGGUCAUGGAGCUGGGGUGAGGGGAGGGGACGGCCAGGGGGACAGUAAAGUUGGAGGACGCUGGAGGCCGGGAGAAUCCGUUGAGGGACACCGGCUGAGGGUGGUGACACUGGUGGAGCACCCGUUUGUCUUCACACGAGAGGUGGAUGCAGAUGGAUUGUGUCCAGCUGGUCAGCUCUGUCUGAACCCCAGAACCAACCGGUCCGACCUGAUCCAGAGCCUCUUCAACCAGCUGCACAACCCAAACACUACAUUUGCAGACUGGGAAGGGAAUGACCUACCGGGGGACCUGAGGAAGUGCUGCUACGGGUACUGCGUCGACUUGUUGGAGAAACUGGCAGAGGACAUGGGUUUCACCUUUGACCUUUAUAUCGUGGGAGAUGGGAAGUACGGCGCAUUUAGCGGGAUGGGGCGCUGGACAGGGCUGGUCGGGGACCUGCUGAGUGGAACCGCCGACAUGGCUGUGACCUCUUUCUCCAUCAACUCUGCCAGGAGCAGAGUCAUCGACUUCACCUCGCCCUUCUACUCCACCAGCCUCGGCAUUCUGGUUCGUAGCGUGGACACUGCAGCCCCCAUCGGAGCCUUCAUGUGGCCUCUCCACUGGUCCAUGUGGGUGGGUAUUUUUGUCACGCUGCAUCUCACCGCGCUCUUCCUCACCCUGUACGAGUGGAACAGCCCCUUCGGUAUGACACCCCAUGGCAGGAACCGGCUGCGUGUGUUCUCCUACUCCUCCGCCCUUAAUCUCUGCUACGCCAUACUGUUUGGACGGACUGUCGCCACCAAGACUCCUAAAUGCUGGACCGGACGUUUUCUGAUGAACCUCUGGGCCAUCUUCUGCUUGCUGGUGCUGUCGAGCUACACCGCCAACCUAGCUGCUGUCAUGGUCGGGGAGAAGACCUUCGAGCAGGUCUCGGGAAUUCAUGACGACAAGCUGCACCAUCCAUCACUGGGCUUCCGUUUUGGGACGGUGAGGGAGAGCAGCGCUGAGGAUUACAUGAAAAAGAGCUUCCCGGAGAUGCACGACUACAUGAGACGCUUCAAUCAGCCCACCACCCCGGAAGGCGUACAUAUGUUGAAGACAGAUCCUCCUGCCCUGGAUGCGUUCAUCAUGGACAAAGCCCUGUUGGACUUUGAGGUCUCUAUCGACGCAGAGUGCAAACUGCUCACUGUGGGGAAGCCUUUCGCCAUUGAAGGCUACGGGAUAGGCCUGCCCCAGGGCUCUCCUCUAACCCGUAAUGUGUCAGAGUUCGUGAGUCGCUACAAGUCUGAUGGCUUCAUGGACAUGCUACAUGACAAAUGGUAUAAGGUUGUGCCCUGCGGGAAGCGAGUCUUUGCCGUCACUGAGACUCUUCAGAUGGGGAUCCAGCAUUUUUCAGGCCUAUUUGUGCUGCUGUGUAUGGGGGUGUGUGGAGCCUUGCUGACCUUGGCAGGUGAACACACCUUCUAUCACCUGGUCAUCCCUUGGCUCCGACGCACGCACACACUGCAGUACUGGCUGCACACCAGCCAGAAAAUUCACAGAGCCCUCCACACCACAUAUGAGGAUGAUGGGAAGGAGCUGACCGACCUCGACCAAAACCCCUCCUCUUGUAUCUCAGAGAACUGCACCCUACACAGGAAGCAGUAUCAGCCUCCUCCCCCAUCUCCUCCCACAUCCCUCCCUGCUUCCACUACAGCUGGAGACACCUGCAACUCCUCACCCUCCCAUGAGCCCAAGGAGAAACGUGUGCACUUUGACCUGGAAACCCUCCACAGCUACCGCCUGCGCACACACACCGCCUCGGUGCGCGGCAGGCCCGGCAUGGUCGGCCGUCCCGGGCUAGGCCUGGGAGGCUGGGGGCUGGGAAGCCUGGGGCGUUUUACCUCCCCUCCACAGAUUAGCCUCCAUUCCAAUGGGGGACCCGUCUCUUCACUGGCUUCCACAGGCUUGGUGCUGUCUCCCCUGGCGAACCGGGCCGCUCAGACCAGCCUGUGGGAGGGGGAGCUCCAGGACCUGCAGGGGAAGAUCGAGACGUUCCGCACCCAGCUGAGAGAGGCUCUGGCCAGGAGAGCAGAGAUCCAGAGCAGCCUGGAGAGAGAGAGGUGUGGCCUUGUGCGCAGGGAUACCAGUCUGGAGAGGGAAAGGGACAGACAGAGGAUACAAACUAUUAACACAGACAGAAGUAGCUCCACUCAGCCCAAACUCCCUGAGCGAGACAGGACCAGCCAGCUGCAAACCCUGAACAAUCAACAAACAGGGAGGGAAAACCAAUCAGGCGGUCCCUGGACUCUGGAGCACGGGAGAAGCAGCCAAUUAAACACAGUUAACAGUUUGGACAGAGGGAGAGCUAACCAGUUACGCUCUGUAAACACUUUGACGGGAGAAAGGACUGUCCAUUCGCGCACUUCCACCAGUUUGGAGCGAAGUCGAGUCAACCAACCAGGAGCUGGAAACAUACCUGUCCAAUCACGGAACACUUCUAGCCUGGACAGACAGAUGGCUAACCUAUCACGCACUCUGAACACUCCUGAGAGGACAGAAGCCAGCCAAUCAAGUGUAAGCAGCGAGACUUGAUGCGUAGGCUUGUGGAAAGAGUAGUGCAGUUGGUACUUGCAUAGCCGUGGGAAGAUGGCUUUGUUGGAAUGGGUGAAGUUUAAGGGACACCUGCUGGAAAAUGACAGUAUAUGUUAACUCACACCAUUACUUACCGCAACCUAAUCAUUUUCACACUCGCUUAAAAUUCCAACUAAAAAACUUUAACUGCAAAUAAAGAACUUGUAAAAUGUCUACAUUAUCCAUGAAAACCAUUAAUAAGCAAUGUAAUCUUGUGGAAUGAAAGCCAAUAUGAUUUCAGCAAAAACUCAGUAUAUUUUCAGAAAAAAACAAAUCAGAAAAAUCUGGGAAUAGCCAUGACGAUAUGGGUAAUCUGGCAAUGCUAAAAAUCCCUGUGGUCAAUCAAAUGGUUGUGUUUAUUGAGGAGACCAGUGGUUUCCAUUAGGAACCAUAAACCACAGCUGUUUGACAAACAGAAGCCCAUCAGCUGAAUAUUGAUAUAUGGCCUGUUUCACUGACUAAAGAGGCCUACAAGCACAUUGAGAAGUGAGCACAGGGAAAUCUUAAGUUAGCCCAAUGUGAAAAAACACCAAACUAAACUAUAUGAAAAUACACUUGGAACAUCUGUGUUAACAGAGUGCCAGGAGCAGGAGAUAAAGAUGCAAAAAAUCUAUAUAUUUUGAGUAAUAAUUGCCCAAAAAUGUGAAUGAUAAAGGAAUAAAACUUUGAAGAAAUAGUGGUACAGCCCUAAAUCAUGUCCAUAAAGAUCCCAUGAAAUAAAAAAAAACAAGCGUUUUGUGUGUUGGCACUUUGUAUCCUUGUGUGUAUUGUCCCCGCCAUCAACACUACAACACUAAUACUGCUAUGUGAAAAACACAUUUUUGGAUAUUUUUAUAGCAAAACCUAGCCCUCGUAAAAUGUGUCAAAACGAAAAAGGUGCGCGCUCUUCCCAAACAGAUGCUUUGAGAUGGUAAUUACCCCGGUGCUUUGAUGGUUCCUGCAUAAAAUCACCAUAUUGUGGCAGAAAAAUACACAUAAAUGGAAAACGUUUACCCAAAUACACACCUCCAGCCCAUUUCAUGGCAGCUAGGUUUAGUUAACUCAAAGUACCAUUCCACUUCAAUUGUUUUGUCCUUGUUACCUAUUAUGAGCAAGUCGCAAUCUGCAUUCCAUAUAGCGCGACUCCUGUAUUACACAUAAUGUUAAAUGCUCAUGGGGGGUGUAACUCAGCCUGUGAAAGCAAUAGUCUAAUGUCUUCUGUAGCUCUGACAAGAGCUUCAAGUCUGAGAGAAUAAUACCUGGUGACGAAUAAUCAUUUGGAGACAGCGAAGGACUUAAACGUAGAGGUGGGUGACCCUCCUCCACAUCAAGUCUAUAAUAAAAAGAUUCUAUGGGGGAAUGUAGGAUCCAGUAUUUUUUAAGUUAGAGACAAAACAUCAGGACUCCUGCAACUUUAUGAAAGUGGAAAUCAAAUGGAGACCCUUUCCUUUGUAGUAUGUUUUUUUUGGGGGGGGGGGGGGUUGGAAAACAAAGCGGACCCAUCCCAUUACUUGCAGGACUACUUUAACAUUUCAUGUGUUCAUCUCUAGCUGCAGCAACGUGGGUCAGAGUUGUGUUAUUUGGCUUAAUUUUCCAAAGUGCUGUAGUUGAUGUCUAAGGUGGCAUAUUUUCAAAGAUGGAGCUCUCCUUCAGACUGUUAGAAAUAACAAUCCAACAUUGUGUUUCCAUGGAGCCAUGAAAAAUUACAAUCUCAAAGUAAUUUCCCUGAACUUUCAAUUAUCAGCUCAAACAGCUCAGAACAGUUGCACACAUCUGUUUGGAUUGUGGCUCCAGCCAGUAAACAAGUGCCGUCAAUUUGGAAUGAAUUUGUUCACCAUAUCAUUACUGAAGGAACUUAUCUGGCAAGGAUUUUGCGCUCAGUGAGUGUGAUGUGCAUGAAUUCACACUGAUUACAUUUUACUAGCUCCCUGCAGAUGUGAGUGAACUCCUAUAAGUGAGAACUCUGUUUUUCCUUUUGUCAUUAUUAAACAUUAAAAUAGAUGUACUCUUUUACACUGUUUCCACUCAGAUAAAGCCUUUUUUUUUACUUUCUAAUAAAACAAAGUGAAGUAAGUUUCAUGCUCCAUGUCAAUGAUGAAGAGAGAAGGCUCUUCAGAGGAUGAAUAUAUUGGGACUCUCAUGCAGUUAUUCAGUCAGCCACCAGAGGGAGCUGCAUCCCCGCUUCCCGCGGCUAUGGGCAGUGGAGAGUUUAUGGAUGGAGGUUUUAUUCCAACAAAACAACUUAUAUCAAUAUGACAGAUGGAAGCUGCAUUUGAUGUUGUUGUUCUCAUGCAAUAGCAGAGGACCUGGGGAAAUAAGGCCUUUAUGAAAUCACUCCAGCACUAUACACUGCAAUGUCACCGAGUAGUAUUGGAAUACUCAAUCUUGUGUGAGAACGCUUUGAACAGGUGUUGGGGAUUUCACAGGUCGGAGACACUGAUGUUACUGAAACAGAACUUUAGGCUUCUAUGACGGCACUGAUGUACAUUUAAACGUUUCAAACGUUGCUGUGGUGUGAAGUGGUUGUGUUCACAUGCCAUGGUGUUUAUGAGGGAAAAAAUAUAUAUUUUAGGUCUUUAACGAGAAAGAGCUUGUGGUAUUGGAUAUUUAAACAAAUACUUUUAAAUUUACCCGUUAUAUAAAAAAAAGUGUAAAAGCAUAUUAUUGAAUUUUAUCACAAUGAUCAUUCUCAUGUUUUGAAAUAAACAUUUAUAUACUUAUUUACUUGCAUUAUCUCGUAUUUUCAGUGUGAACACAAUGAGCACAUCGUCCAAAUCACUUUCAAAGUAAUUUGAAAUCUAGUA